ACACAACACAAUUUUGUAAACAAAAAAGAUGGCGGCUGCAUUGCGCCAUCCUAGGAAACGUAAUGAAAAGUGAAUUUUGGUUAAAAGAAAACGAAAAAGCAUCGUGAACAAGUUUUGUUGAAAAUGGAGUCAAAGAAAGUUGUCUUGUUUUACGGCAGUGAUGAUAUAUACAGUCAAUUCUAUCCAUGUUCUUUCACCGUGGACGGAGUUCGAUACAACUGUUGUGAACAAUAUAUGAUGCAUCAAAAGGCUUUGUUGUUUAAAGACCAAGAAAUGGCAUCAAAAAUAAUGAAAGAAACGAAUCCAAGAAUAAUAAAAUCAUAUGGCAGGAAAGUUAAAAACUUUGAUGAUGAAGUAUGGACUGAAAACUGUCGAGAUGUGGUAUAUAAAGGAAAUCUCGCUAAAUUCAGUCAAAAUGAAAAUUUAAAAAGUAAACUUCUAUUAACUGGUACAAAACUAAUAGCUGAAGCUAGUCCGACUGAUAGACGCUGGGGAAUUGGUUUAUCAAAAUCCAAUUCAAAGUCACACAAGCCAAAAGAGUGGCGUGGCAAAAACUGGUUAGGAGGGGCAAUAAUGAAGGUUCGGUCCGAACUGGUGGACACCAGCUGAUAGCAAGGAUAUAUUAUCACCACAAACGAUACUCCUGAAAAUUGUAAAUUUGUAAUUGAAAUUGUAAAAAAUUUUUGUUAUAUAUUUAAAAUAAAAGUUCUGCAGACAUGAA